GUCGAGUCAGUAGACUCCCAGAAAGCAGGCUACCAGUUCCCCGACUACCCCACAUAAAUUCCACUUCCCAUUCAACUAAAAAUAGUCAAUUUCAAGUAGAAGAUGAACCUUCAGGCCAUCUAUGACACGUGGAUACCCAAGUACCUCCAGGUGCAGCCCGCCAAGAUCCGGAUAACGAUACUCUACCGCUUCGUCUUCGCCAGCGUGCUCUGCUUCGUCCUGGACUACCAGCUCCUGGCCCUGUUCCUCUCCCUAACCCUCUUCGAUGUCCGAAGGCCAGUGAGCAGCCUGAACGAGGCCUUUGGCUGGACCUUCUUCUCGGUGUACACCUCGGUGGUGAUGCUGGUCAUCCGGGGCGGAGUGGCAGGAUACGGGUGGCUGCUCUGCAACGUGCACUACUCCGAUCCGGUGCUCUGCCGGAACCGCAGAGAUCGGUUCGCCGAGGAGUGGCCGCUGCUCCUGAGGAUGUUCUUCGCGAUCCUCUUCAUCGCCACCAUGACCAGCCUCCUGUACGUGUCCUUUGCGGCAUCAGAGGGAGAAUCUUGGCACUACCUCCUGUCCUGCGGCCUCUUCUGCGCCGUAUCCUACUUUGUGAACAACUUCGAGAGGCACCUGACGAGGUUCCCCCUGCCCAUGCUGCACAUCGACUUCCAUGCGGCCCUCCUCAACACCUGGUGGCAGAUCCUGAAGCGCUCCGGCCGGGAGGCACUCUACCAGACCGUACUCUUCUCCCCGAUCUACUGGUACUCGGUGGGGUGGUGUCUGGACGGCACCGUCACCGUCACCCAGACGGGUCUGCACCUCCAGGGCUGGCUGCUGUCGACCCUGAUCCUGGCCAAGCUGCACAUGGUGCGGAAGCUCUACGGCCUGGUGAUGCAGCGCCCCUUGUCGCUCAUCAACGACUCGCCGAAGCUGCACGAGACCCACGACACGUGCCUCUUCAACAUCAUCCUGGGCCAUGUCCUGCGCUGCGUCUACACGAUGCAGAUGAGGCCCAUACCCAGGUCCCUGCAGGUCAACAGCCUGCUGCUGCCGCUCACCAUGGUGCUCAGUGUCGGCCGGAUACACGGCUUCCGGAUGCUGGCUUCCAGGGAGUUCUACUCCGCCAUGUCGGGGAAACUGGGCCGGGAGCUAUUCGCCCUCAACGACGUGAAAAAUAUCCAUUCCAACUGGACGGAAUUGCGCGACCUUCUGGUCACUGACGCCGAGGAGUUCGUGGUCCGGCUCCAGAAGUGCAUCGGGAAGUGCCACGCCAACAAGGAGAUUGCGGGCAAGGUGUCCAGGAGCCGAAUGCGUUCUCUCACGAAGCCAUCCCCGCGAAGGAAACCUGCGAAGGAACCAUCCUGCGAGUGUCCUGCGAAGCCCCAGGAAACCGACUACCUGAAGUACUUGUACCUUCUGGGCCAGUCUCUGCGGAAGAGAAUCCGUGAGUUUGGUCGGCGGGUCAAAGGACAUCUGGCUGGACGUCGGCACUGGCAGUGCUACAUGCUCGAAGUGGAUGUCCUGGCGGAGCUCCACCACGAGUUGUGUUGCGGGGAGCCCCUGGUGUGGACGCUCCAGGGUCUGGUGGGUGUCUUCAUGAGGUCCGUGGCGGACGAUCGGUACGGGGUGGUCCAACCCGACCUGCGGCUCGUCCUUGAGACCCUGCACAAGGUGGAGCGCCAGCUGAACCUCGCCAGCGGACUCAUCCACAAGAACAGGUGCAGUUGCGCCGGGACGUGCCGGAGUCACGAGCUCCUGAUGGCGGCGGUCCAGCGCUGCCAGUGCCGGAUGCUGGUGACCUUUGGCCCCCACCUGGACUUUAUUGUCGGACGGGGCGAACUAGAGAAGGAGUUGGAGGAGAGGAUGGCACUAAUUUACUAAUUUCUUGGUUAAUUUUUGUUAUUAAUUUUUUUUUCUGCUGUGUUCUAUUAACAAAAUUAUAAAUUGGUCCUGGAGAGCAAAGUUUUGCUUUUUAUUGAAAUUAGGGGGGGUUUGAAAAUUAUUUUAAAUAAAUUCCUAUCUGAAGAACCUUGGGUCCUAGCUUCAAAUCGAUUUUAUUUUUUAUUUUUGACACAAAUUCUUAAUAUUAUUUACCAUGUACCUUUUUUAAAAUAUAUAUUUUAUUAAAAUUGAAUAAAAUAUGUUUUUUUUUGUCCAAAAAUUGUGUCUUCUGCU